AGUUUGGGAAAAAAAACAAAAACAAAAAAACAGAGACACGGGUGGGAAGGCUGUAAGGCGGGGACAGAGAGAAGCGGAAGGAGUAUAAGGCAUGGAAAAUAAAGAAAAAUCCUGGCGCCAAGAAGAGCGCCCAGAGCAGGCCGGGUGCCCGGAGCCCAGGAGGAGGCGCGGAAGGACGGCGCAGGCCUGAGAAGUCUGUGGCUGAGCUGGGAGCCGGUUCCCCACCCCCUACCAGGGGGGACCUCGCUUGGCAGGUCCAAGUGGCCAUGGCUACAGCAGGACCCCCCAGGACGUGGAUGGUCGGUGCCCUGAUCACAGCUCUGAUUCUGGGGGUGAGAGAACCUGUUCUUGCAAACGAUGUUACCUCUUGCGACAACCCCUCUGACGCCGGCACGCGGCCCUCUGGGAGCACGCGGGACCUUGGAGCUGGGGCCCAGGAGGACACCAGGGCAGACGAAGGCAGCAGCAGCCGCAUCGUGAACGGGACCGACUGCGAGAAGCUCGGCCAGCCUUGGCAGGGUGCACUGUUGAUGCAUCCCAACCAGCUCUACUGUGGGGCCGUGCUGGUGCAUCCGCAGUGGCUGCUCACAGCCGCCCACUGCCGGAAGCAAUUUUUCAGAAUCCGUCUCGGCCACCAUUCCCUGUCACCCGUUUAUGAAUCUGGGCAGCAGAUGUUCCAGGGGAUCAAAACCAUCCCCCAUCCUGGCUACUCCCAUCCCGGCCACUCCAAUGACCUCAUGCUCAUCAAACUGAACAGAAGAAUCCGUGAAACUCAGUAUGUUAAGCCCAUCAACAUCUCCUCCCGGUGUCCGUCUGCUGGAACCAGAUGCUUGGUAUCUGGCUGGGGAACAACCAGCAGCCCCAGCAUUAAAUUCCCCAAGGUCCUCCAGUGCUUGAACAUCACCGUGCUAAGUAUCGACAGGUGCAAGGAGGCCUAUCCAAGACAGAUAGAUUCCACAAUGUUCUGUGCUGGUGACAAGGCUGGCAGAGACUCCUGCCAGGGUGAUUCUGGGGGGCCUGUGGUUUGCAAUGGCUCCCUACAGGGCCUCGUGUCCUGGGGAGACUUUCCCUGUGCCCAGCCCAACAGACCCGGCGUCUACACCAACCUCUGCCAAUUCACCAAGUGGAUCCAGGACACCAUCCAGUCCAACUCAUGAGGCAUCCCGGGACUGGGCAUUCUGAUGUGCCCCAUCCUCUGCGGUCCUCACUCUUGCAGGGACCAUGACACUCCCUCCAGACCCCUGUUCCCUAACAGGGAUUAGCAAUCUCAAUCUCUCCAGCCCCUCCAAGUCUCUGGAAUCAGGGUCCCCCUUCCCCAACAGUGGGCUGAUGCUGUCUCUCCAUUCAGGUCCUAGAGACAGUUCCCAGAAUGACCAAUGUGAGAGCUGCACCUCAGUCUCCCCGGUGCUUCCUUCCUCAGACCCAGAGGCCGUCCCUGCUCUGCAGCUGU